CUUUUUUUUCACUUGAGCCUGUUGGCUCAAGCUUUUUUGGCUUUCGAAGUAGCCGUUUCGGUACCCGCCCCCCCUCUCGGACGCUUCCGCAGCAGCGGCAUCGGCGCCCGAAGGAGAGAGAACAUGCAGUUCGUGCGGGCGGUGCUGUGCCUCCCGGCCGUCGCCAUGGCGCAGAUGGCCGGCAUGACCAAGGAGGAGCAGGGGCCGCCCAUUGUGAUCGCGGAGUGCACCCUGCAGGGGGGCUGCGAGGCGCAGCAGAGGGCCCUGACCCUGGACGCCAACUGGCGCUGGGUGCACGGCCAGACUUGCCAGGGCACGGGCCCCGCCGCCCAGUGCUACAGCUCGGGCAACUGCUUCACCGACGGCGUGUGGGACUCCACCAUGUGCCCCGACCCAGAGUCCUGUGCCGAGAACUGCGCGCUGGAGGGCGUCACGCUGGACGACUACGACAGCACCUACGGUGUCGCGGCGAUCCCGGGAGGCGUCGAGCUAGGCUUCGUGCGCGGCCCGAACGUGGGGUCCCGCCUGUACGUUCUGGAGAAGCCAGACAAGUACAAGCUUUUCAAGCUUCUGAACAGGGAGUUCACCUUCGACGUGGAUGUGUCCACACUUCCCUGCGGACUGAACGGCGCGUUGUAUUUCAGCGAGAUGGACGAGGAUGGGGGGAUGAAACACGCGGGCAACAAGGCUGGCGCCAAGUACGGGACAGGCUACUGCGACGCCCAGUGCCCCCAUGACGUGAAGUUCAUGGAGGGCAAGAGCAACACCCUCGAAUGGAACACGAGCGCAGCUCUCGGCAAGUACGGGCUGUGCUGCGCGGAAGUUGACAUCUGGGAGGCGAACUCCAUGGCCACGGCCUUCACGAUGCACCCGUGCACCAUCGAUGGUAGCUAUUUGUGCGAGGGAAAGGAGUGCGGCGACAACGCCAAGAACGAGCGCUACGAUGGCGUCUGCGACAAGGAUGGCUGCGACUUCAACUCGUACCGCAUGGGCCACCAGCAAUUCUUCGGACCGGGGGACGAUUUCACGGUGGACACCACGCAGCCGAUGACCGUGGUGACCCAGUUCGUUACAGACGACGGCACCGACGACGGCGACCUCGUGGAGAUAAGGCGCCUCUACGUGCAGGGCGGCAAGGUGAUCAAGAACUCGAACGCCGGCAUCCUCGGCUCUGACGGCGGGGACUCCAUCACCGACGCGUAUUGCUCCGCACAGAAGGAUAAGUUCGGCGACCCCGACGAUUUCCGCAAGAAGGGCGCCCUGAAGCAGACGGGGGAGGCGCUGCGCCGCGGGAUGACGCUCGUCCUCUCCCUGUGGGACGACUACCAGUGCCAGAUGCUUUGGCUCGACUCGGACGCGGGCGAGGGCGGCCACUCCACGCCGGGCGUCGCGCGCGGCCCGUGCGACAAGACCACGGGCGUGCCAGCGGACGUGCGCGCCAAGUACCCAGACGCGUCGGUGACCUACUCCAACAUCAUGUACGGGGAGAUCGGGUCCACGUACACCGCCGGCGAGGGCGCAAAGCCGGACCAGGCCGUGGCGACGGGGUUCCUCAAGGCCGCGGCUGCGGGCGUCACCGCGGUGAGCGGGGGCGCCGCGGCCCUGCCGCAGCAGCAGCAGGCACUGCAGCAGCCGCAGCAGGCACUGCAGCCGCAGCCGUCGCUGCCGCAGCAGCAGCAGCAGGCCGCCCAGCCGGCGUCGGCGGCGGGCGCGGGCGCCUCCGCCGCGGGCUGCGCGGACGUGUUCCAGCAGUGCGGGGGCGACGGCUGGGCUGGCGCGUCGUGCUGCCAGGCCGGCUGCACCUGCACAGAGCAGGGGGGCCCCUCGUACAGCCAGUGCCUGCCGCCCGCGGGCGCCUACCUGUGCUCUGGCACGAUCGGCCUCGUGCAGAGGAGCUCUCUACGCGAGGCGCCCGCGCAGCGGGCUGGCGAAGGAGGCCCCGCAGCGCGUUGGGCGGCCCCGCUGGCCGUGGCGCUGCGGGCCGCGGCGCCUGCGCUGCUGCUGGCGGCCGCGGCGGCGGCGGCGUGGGCGCGAGCGCGCCGGGCCCGGUCUUCCGCGCAGCUGCGCAGCGAGGAAGCAAACCUGAUGGCAUCUUUCGAGUGACUCCAUCCCUGGAUCUCCCCGAGCUCCCCAUUUUCGUCCACCGCCGCUUCCUCCCCCUCGGCUCUGUGCAGCUCAAACUGGAGCACGCCCCGCCCCGUCAGGUCGGCCCUGCGGCUCCAAUUGGGGCCACCCUCGCCCCGUCAGAUACGAUUCGCCACGGCAGUGCUUAGCUAUAGUGCCUCUGGCUGUGCGCGUGCCGGUCAGCCGGGUGCUGUCGGCUCAGAUCGGUUUCGGUGUUGAGCCAGAAUUUGUUUGCUUUGCCAGUGCAUGGUUUGUUGCGCGCAGAAUUCGAGCUAAAUCUUCUGCUAAAUAAUUCGGCCUUCGUGCCCCCGAUGCGCCGUUCGAGGCGCACAGUGCACUUUUUGGGGCGGGGCUGGAAACUCUGAUGAUGCAGUUUAGUGCGCCGUUGACAGUUAAGACGGUUGCAUGCAUCAGACUUGUUCACAGAUCCAGGUCGUCGCGUAGAUCUGUGACAUGGCCGAUGCUUGUAUGUAGAAUGCUUCGAAGGCGCCGUUUCGUUUUCCCGCUGUCAUGGGACAAAAACAACAUUUUUUUUCACAAGGGGACAUCUUGCGCCUUAGAUUGGCUUCUUGGCCCCCGAACUACCACAACAACAGCUCCCGCGUUAUAAUCCCUUACACAUUAAACCAGGACUCGCGUUCUCGCGUGGCACUUCCUUUCAGUUUGGCGAAACGCAGCGCCGCCACUAUUCCGGAAUUCUGCUUUCGUUCUGAUUGGGAAUCGCGCCAUCGCUCG